CAUGUUGGUACUUUCGAUUUCGAUAUAUAAAUUGAAUAUACCUACAAUUUACAUUUAAGCUUACAUGGCUUCGGCGAUGCCCCAAGCAGAAAUUGGCGUAGAAAAAGCUUAUCCUAGAUACAUUGAAUUUCCUGAUGGAGAUGGCAACACGCACCAAGUAGACCUAGAGGCUGAACCUAACUAUGAACUCCUAGCAGAAAUUCAAAGGAAUCCAGCCAACAACCGAUAUAUAUUGUUCACUAGAAAAAAUCCUCAGGAUGGUCAGAUCCUAAUGAUGAAUGACGCAGAUUCUAUUCGUAAAUCAAAUUUCAACCCCCAUGUGCCCACUAUUGUGAUUGCGCACGGCUGGCUCAGCAAUCAAAACACUAACAUCAACCCUACUAUAAGAGAUGCUUAUCUUAGUAUACGAGAUGUGAACGUCAUCGUACUUGACUGGCGAAGACUUGCUCGCCUCGACUACGCUACAGCAGUACGCGGUGUCCCAGCCGUUGGUCGUGGUCUAGGACAGUUCAUUAAAUUCUUAGUCCAAACCACUUGGGCUAGUCUAAAUGAUUUUCAUUUAGUCGGAUUCAGUCUUGGUGCCCAUUUGGUCGGUAAUGCUGGUAGGGAGCUAGGAGGACAAGUUGCUCGUAUUACUGGUUUGGAUCCAGCUGGACCUCUAUGGAAUUACAAUAGCAACCGCCUACGUCCUACUGAUGGAGUUUACGUGGAAGCCAUCCAUACAGACGGUGGCUUGACUGGUCUCGGAAUUGGUUCAGCUGUUGCCGACGCUGACUUCUUCCCCAACGGCGGCAACAGCCAACCUGGUUGUUUGACCUCAAUCUGUGAUAACAAUCGCGCGUGGGCGCUCUUCGCAGCCACUGUUACCCACAAUCACCUGGUUGGAAAUUUGUGCAAUAGGAAUCUUUCAAUAACUUUCAACAACUGCCGAGGCAGAGAACUACAUAUGGGCAAUGGUGACUUAAGAAAAACUGGUGAAGGCAAGUACCGAGUAAGCACUGGAAGAAGAUAUCCCUACUGACCGACUAGAAGAUUCUCCUAUAAUCUGUUGUAACCGAAAAAUUUUGUUGAUGAAUAUUUUAUUCUUAAAAAAACAUUUGCAAUAGCAAGUUAAAUAAAGUAUUUUUUUACAAUUAUUAAUUAUUGAGGAAUUCAGACAC